ACUGUGGCCACAAUUGGCAUCAUUCAAUCGUUUACUGUUUAGCUAAACACAUCAGUUAGCUUUACGUUCUUCUCUCCCUCCACGUAGCUGCAAAAACUCGCGUCUCGUGCACGGAUCGUGCGGCGUUUACAAAUUCCUUUCGCAAACGAAGUAAUAUCGAAGCAAAAGUGUUUAAAGGAUUGUGAAUUUGCUGUGUGCGUGAGGAUUAACUACGUAGUAGCAUCGCAGGAUAUCAGACAGAGGAUUUCGCAUUUCGUUACAUUCAACUUUUCGUUGUAACUGUGAUUUAGGAUGAAGCUGCUGCGUUCAGCGUCAUUGCUCGCCCUGGUGUUGCUGCUGGCCAUCAGCACGCGCGCCGAAGACGAAAAGGCUGUCGAAACCAAAUCCGCUGAACCCGCCAAGGAAGGUGCCCAGGAAUCCUCCUCCGCCGCCGACGAUAGCGACAGCACUAAAACCAAACGUGGCCUACAUCAUUUCGAGGACUACCAUCACUCAUACCAUCAUCAUCCGAUUCAUGAGGAGAAAACAUUGACCAUCAUAAAGAAGGUACCCGAGCCAUAUCCAGUCGAGAAGAUUGUACAUGUGCCUGUCGAGAAGCAUAUACCCGUGCCGAUUAAGGUGAAAGUGCCCAAACCAUAUCCCGUGGUCAAGCAUGUACCAUAUGAGGUCAAGGAAAUCGUAAAGGUGCCACAUGAAGUGCCAGCCCCAUAUCCAGUUGAGAAGAAAAUACCCGUGCCCGUGCAUGUGCACUAUGACCGUCCAGUGCCCGUCAAAGUCUAUGUGCCCGCUCCAUACCCAGUUGAGAAGAAGGUACAUGUACCAGUGAAAGUUCAUGUCCCAGCACCAUAUCCAGUUGAAAAGAAGGUGCACUACCCAGUUAAAGUACAUGUGCCCGUCGACAAACCAUACCCAGUUGAGAAGGUCGUCCACUACCCAGUCAAGGUGCAUGUCGACAAGCCAGUGCCUUAUCAUGUUGAAAAACCAGUACCAUACCAUGUCGAGAAACCAGUGCCAGUUCCAGUGAUCAAGAAGAUUCCCGUCCCAGUGCAUGUGCCCUAUGACAACCCCGUGCCAGUGCAUGUUGAGAAACCAGUACCAUACGAAGUCAAAGUGCCCGUACCAGCCCCAUACCCAGUCAUCAAGGAAAUCCCAGUCAAGGUUGAAAAACACGUGCCCUACCCAGUCAAGGUACCCGUCGAAAAACCAGUGCCCGUUCACAUUGAAAAGCACGUGCCCGAAUACCACGAGAAACACAUCUCCUACAAGGAACCCGUUUUCGUGCACAAGGAACACCACGAGCCCAUUCACCACCACGAGGAAUACCAUCAUGAGGAGAGCCACGACUUCGGUGGUCAUGAGGUGGAAUCAUAUGGCGAAUACGAACAUGAAGAGCAUGAAUACUAAUAUGGCAAUUCUAUCUCUCUCUCUCUCUCAUACACCUACUCAUACACACAAUGCCUCAAUGCCUUUGCCUUUCGCUCCGUCAACGUUCACUCCGCUACACGUUCGCUCCUUCCCUCUCUCUCCCUCUUUCUUUCGUUACAGCAUUGAGAUAAAUACUGAGUAAGGCUUUCGAAUGUGCAACGUUAAGACGGACGGACCGCAAAGAAAUCAAAAGGAUGUGAAUGUUGUUGUGACUCGUUAAAGCGAACGUAUGAAGAAGUGAAAAGUGAGAAGAUUGAGAAGGAUAUACCGUAACCGCGUGAUCGUGAUAAUGGAACGUUUUGAAACUCGAAUUAGGCGAAACGUUUUGGAAAUUGAGAGACACGUACUUUACACACAUAAAUAUAACUGAUCUUUUACCAAUUAUUAUUUUUUGUAUGUACAUUUGAUACGAUUUUAGUUUAAGCCAUACUUUUUUUUAUAUAACUCAACUUUUUUACAUGCAUACAUACAUACAUUUAGACAAAAUAAUGCAUAACUAGUUUUAAGUGUUUUUUAAGCAGUUUUCAAGUUGUACAAAGGGAUAUAUAACACAAUAUUCCGACCAUCAGUGAUAUUUGGCGCCGUUGAGACACGUCCAACAGGGUGGGGUUCCUGUGACAUGGCCAAUCGCGUCCUCCGCACACCACUAGCAAACACAAUCGUCGCUUUGUGAAUACCCAAAGUCCAAAGGCAAAAGCACUUGCGGAGCUGGGAUUUGCAAGCCUCAAUGGCUUGCCGGUGGCGUUCGACUUCGAGUUAAGUGAUAAAUGACAAAUGAUCUUGUUGUUGUUUUGCGUUGAUUUACUCCCAUUGGAGGAAAUAUAAUAUAAAUCUAUAUGCCAAUAUGAGUAUAUAUCUGUAUAUGUAACGUUGUAUGUAAGCUAUAGGCAUUAGCAGUUAAUCUACUAUGAGAUUCUCUUCAAUACUAUGAUGCAUGUCUAAGUACAUGUGUUUGUAUAUGUAAAUAUGUAUAUGCAGAUAAUCGUUUCGCUUAGUAAAGUAAUAGUGUUAACCGUGCUGUAAUAUUGCAAUAUAUAUACUUAAAUAGCUCUCUUACUAUAUACUACAUAAUUAAAUAUGCAAACCUGCUGACAUUACAUGGCAAACAAUAU